GGAACAGACAGUUCUGGUAGCUCUCUCCUGCAGAGCCUUGUAAGCAACAGAUCUCAUCAGAACCAGGUCUCAGAAAUUGUUGAGAAGCUUCCUGCAGCCUGAAAUGACAGAGAACACUGUAAAAAGGACACCCCUAUUUUAUGCCUAAAGAAUAUUGCUUAAUAGGUAUUAAUCUGAAGAAAUAUAUUGUACGGUAAGGCUUUUGACAGAAUACCAACCUUCUGAACACCCAGAGAGCAUUUAAUUUUUGUCUAAUCACAAGAACCUAAUGUCACUGCACAUGCUACAAUGGAAACUCUAAGACAAAUACAAAGCUUUGGCAUCUGUGUUACCCGUACGUAUCCCGUAGUAUCUGGUGUGGUGUUCACCGCUCUCCUAGUUUCUUGCUGCUCAUCUCUGACCAUAAGAGCUCGUCCACUUGUUCCUAAUUCACCUUUUGUUUCUAUCUGGAAUGCUCCUACAGAACUUUGUACUGAAAGGACUGGAGUGCAGGUGGACAUGAAUUUUUUUCCUCUCAUUGGAAGCACACUGAAGACAUCCAUUGGGCAAAACAUCACACUCUUCUAUCCAGACAGGCUUGGCUACUACCCUUACAAAAAUGAAGUCACAGGAGAGGCAUUCAAUGGAGGACUUCCUCAACUCUCACUGCUGGAGAAUCAUUUAAGAAAAGCCAAAGAGGACAUCCAGUUCUACAUUCCUUCAGAUGAACAGCUUGGAUUGGCUGUGAUUGACUGGGAAAACUGGAGACCCGUGUGGAUAAGGAACUGGGGAUCAAAAGACAUUUAUAGACAGGAAUCCAUUGAACUGGUUCAGCAGAGAGACCUCAGUCUAUCUGAGGCCGAAGCCAGAACUAUAGCUAAAAUGGAAUUUGAAGCUGCAGCAAAAUCCUUCAUGUUGGAAACUUUGAAGCUGGGCAUAGAAAUGAAGCCAAAUCGUCUGUGGGGAUAUUACCUUUAUCCAGACUGUUAUAACUAUGAUUACAAACAAAACCCACAUAAUUAUACAGGAGCCUGUUUAGAUAUUGAAAUAGAAAGAAAUAAUGAGCUUAAUUGGUUAUGGAAGAAAAGUACAGCACUUUAUCCAUCUGUCUAUCUAGAGACAGCUUUAAGAUCCUCCAGAAAUGCCCAGCUUUUUGUUCGCAACAGAGUUCAAGAAGCCAUUAGAACUUCCUAUGUCUCUAAUUCCACUCAUCCCCUUCCAGUUUUUGUAUAUACACGUCCAGUAUUCACAGAUGUCUAUGAAGAAUAUCUCUCUGAGGAUGACCUGGUAAAUACCAUUGGAGAAUCUGCUGCACUGGGUGCUUCUGGAGUUGUGAUCUGGGGUGAUAUGAAUUUAACACAAAAUAAGAAUACCUGCAGAAUUCUGGACAACUACCUCAGAAGGACUUUGACCCCAUACCUCAUCAACGUCACAAUGGCAGCCAGAAUCUGUAGCCAAGUGUUAUGCCAAGACUCUGGUGCUUGUGCACGGAAAGAAUGGAAUUCCAGUGACUAUCUUCACUUGAACCCUGAGAAUAUUGUAAUUCAAAUGACAAAGGAUGGGAAAUACAGUCUGCAAGGGCAACCAUCAUUUCAGGAUCUGCAAACAUUGAUAGAAAAAUUUGAUUGCCAGUGUUAUGCAGGGCACAGCUGUGAACCUAGAGCUGAUAUCAAUGACAUCCAUUACCUCCAUGCUUGCAUUUCAGAAGAUACUUGCAUUCAGAUAUCCCCAAAUUCCUUUUCUAACAUAGAAGCCUCUGAAGAAAAGAUCCUGUCUAACAGAACUGCAUUUUCAUUUGCCUCUGAGAGUAAGGUGACAUUAUCUACACAUCCUGAAAUAGAAGAUUUCCAAUCUACCUUUGGAAAUAAUACACUUAAUAUAACAACUGCAGAAUAUAACACUGUCACAGCUGCCAGUAGAUAUGAUUUAGAAGCAAAUGAUACUCGUACUUUCAGUAGCUCUUCAUCCUAUAAGAUAAAGAUGUUUAAUCUGUUUUGCUUAAUUGUACUUUUGAGAACCUUAAUACAAAUGACCCAUGACAGUGAGAAUAUUCUUUUCCCUGGCUAUGUUUGAAAUUCUAAAGGUUUUAUUUACAAAACAAACAAACAAUUUCCUAAAGGCUUAUGGUCUUAUCUGUAUCAGGUAACUUUUCAUAAUUCAUAGAUGACACUUCAGCUUGAAUGUAUUUCUUCAGUUUAGUUCUAUAAACUACUAUUUGUGCCAAAGACAUACUGGUCUGUUAUACUGACUAUACUAUAUGAGAGGAUAAUCCAGAAUACAAAACAUUUUCUACAGUUUACAUUUUUUACUGUUAUAUUUAAAAAAAAAAUUGUGACAAUGCUGUUUUGUGUACUUCCAGUCAAGACAGUUAAAUAUAUAAUACAUAAAAUAAUUCAUCAGGUUUGAUGCUCUAUGCAAGAAUUAAUUUCAUUCCAUAUGAAUGGAAUUAGCUCUUAAAAAUAUUUGGUUUAACUUUAGAUCUGUGGGACUUUGUAGCAUAAAAUUUAUCUUAUGUAAUAUUUCUCCACUUUUCACAAUAUCUAUAGGGACACUGUUGUUUUUCUUGUAAUUAAAUAUAUUUCUAAUUCUUCAAAAGGUUCUAACUUUAAUGUAAUUGUUGACUUCAAAUAUUACAGCUUCAUUAGUUAAAAUUUGAGCUGUAAUGGUUUAUCCUUUCUUCUCAUGAACUCUCCCCCUUAUUUCAGAUGUCCCUUCCUUGGCUUCCAGUUGUUUUAUCUGGCCAAUGCUGACAACUCAUCUGCUCUGCUUCUGCACUCCCUGCCAGCACUGGUCACUAGUCCCAGUUUCCCCAUCCAGCCAUCCCUAGCAAUUGGAUAGGGCUGUAUUUGGACAAAAGUCUGUGAACAUGGGACUUUAUGCUUCAUUAUUUCCUGAGGAUAUUUUCUUUGGUGGAAACCAACUUGCUCCUCAGGAAAACCCAGCAGUGGAGGCAGCAAGAUGAGUGACUCUGAGGACCUGGGACUCCCUUUAUUCACUUCCCAUGGUUCUCAAUCUCAGAACCACCUUUUUUGAUCCAGUCUGCUGACAGAACUGAGAGUAUUAAUACUAUUAAUACUUAAUACUAUUCCAUUGCCAAAAGCAGUGUGAAAGUAGCAGAGAUACCUCAGAAGAAAAGUACUCCCAAUAUCAUAUCAGGAAUCUGGUUAUAAUUUACAUAUAGUCAGUUUAAGCAUUUAGAAGCAAUUAACAGCAGUUUAUUUGAUAAAAUAACCUUUUCAAAUUAUUAUGUCAGGUGCUCAAUAGACAGUUUGACUUCUGAUGAGUGAAGAGUGGCUGCUGGCAUGGAUACAUUAAAAAAUCUCCCUUGAGCUAGGCAUGAUCUGCAUAAAUAAUUCACCCCCUUGCACAGAUAGAGCCUGCCUCACUAGUGAAAAUAACAAGGAUUUCAUAGUAGCCAUUUGUUUAUAAAAAGUUCAUUCCUUAAUCCAGCAGAAAACACAAAUUAUAUUCAUUCUCUUUGAAUUUUCAGGUUGUUGGUCAUAACAGAGGCGCAGAAAAAUAGAUGAAGCCUUUAGACUUAACAUGGAGAAAUAGUGUUUUAUGGCUUUUGAACAGCAAGUUAUCAAGAGGAUGUGACAAUUUUCUCAUCCCAGUUACGGUGAUAAGUCCACGAGUCAAAGCUAUUUCUGCCAUUAAUGUUUCAAGUGGAAUCACAAAUAUAAAUAUAUAUAUAUGUAACAGACUGCUCAGCAGAAAAGAAUCCAGCUGGUUUUGAUCACCUUUGUCAAAACAUGCUUUUUCACUGGAAACAUGACUGGUAAUAUCUUAGCAAAACUUUCAUGACUUAUAUGAAGUUUGAUUUUUUUCAGAAUGCCUUAACAUGGCCAAGAUUUUAUGCUGGCACACAGAGUUCUAGUUUAAAGGCUGUGUAAUUUUGUUAAAUGUCUGGCAAAGCUUCCUGAGGUCAGGCUUGUUUCUAACCAGAGCUCUGAAAGACACUGGAUCUAUAGCACUUUGUGCUAAGACCACUUGCAGGUUCGCAAAAUCUACAAGUCUUGCCGUAAAUAUUUUCACUAUCAGCCAAGUAAUAGCAAGCAAAACACUUGUGAUGGAGAAAGCAGGAAAUCACCAGAAAAGAAAGAAUGAGAAGUUAAAAUCACAGAAGAGAUGAAACAGAGCACCCAGGACCACCUAGUGGACGCAGAGGAAGUUAACUGCAAAAGCGAGAGUGAAGCUGUGGAGAUAGACCAGUCUCUUCCCAUUCAACAGUUUUUAUCUACCAAGUAAUUAAUGUUAAAAACCUUUCCCCAAGGCUCACUGUAAAGAUAACAGAACACAAUAACUGAUAUGUUAGACCUAUACAUCUGAUCCCAUCUCUUUUUUUUUUUUGAGAGUAGCCAGGACCAGAAAAGUUAAAGGAAGGUGAGAGGAAAGCAGACUAUUGCAAUAAACUGUGUCUUCCUAAGAUGGAUUUAUAAGUAGCUAUAUAUCUUGUGCUCUGAUGCAUACUUUACCAACCCCCUUUUAAAUGUUCAUUCAGGAUUGUUUUUGUUACCUACACGUAUCUGCAAUUCAUACUUGAAAUCUUACAAACUUCAGGAAUUAGGUCUGAUAUGUGUUAAAUUACAACAUUUUCCAAAUAUAUUAUUUUCUUCUGUAUUACAUUUGUCUUACCUAUACUCUAUGAUUAAGAGUCACCUUGGAAUCAAUGAGUCUCCAUGGAGUAAAAGCAGAACAGAAGGAAAGGGGUGCUAUGCCUUGCAUUGCUGGUGACCAUCUUAUGUUCAAAGCCAAACUUGUAUUCUCCUAAAGUGGACCCCCUUCCAAAAAUAUUUCCUUCCCUUCACUGUAUUUCCUGUAAUCAUUAGUUAGCCUUACAAUUUUAAUUUCUUAUGUUCUUGUAUUUUUCAAAAGAUUAAAUUCUAGAGGAACAGUUCA